GGAUUUCUCUGUGCAAAAUCUCAACAUUGUCCCAGUCAAAUUCAUGGUUAUUAAUGGUUCUAUGUUUGCUAACAACUGAAUGCAAACUGUUCCUCCUUGGUAUCGCAAACCCACCUUUUCGGGACGUUAUGUUAACUAUUUUUUUUCUCACCCGUUGAAUUAUAAAAUUAGUGUUUUCAAUAGUCUAGUAGACAGGGCAGUGCUACUGUCAGAUGACCGUUUUCACCUGAAGAAUAUUGAUACUGUACGUAACAUUCUCAGGAACAAUUGUUACCCUGCUGUUUUUGUUAACAGGCAUAUUGCGAAGCGGUUAAAGUUAAUUCAACAUAGGUUGAAUCAUGUGAUUGAUGUCGUUCCUUGUGAAAAUAAGAUGUUAACUAUACCCUAUGUUAAGGGUUUAAGCGAGAGUUUUGGUCGGUUCUUUAAGCGUUUUAAUGUUGAUGUCAUUUUUCCUAUUCCGAAGAAAUUAGAUAGGAUUAUCAAACGAGGUAAAGAUAAAUUGACUACAAAGGAACAAACAGGUGUUGUAUAUAAAUUGAAUUGCUUAGAUUGUAAUCUUUCUUAUAUUGGACAGACUAAGACACAUGUAAUUACAAGAACUAAUGAACAUAAGACUGCUGUUAAGAAGAGGGACAGUUUGCAUUCAGUUGUUAGCAAACAUAGAACCAUUAAUAACCAUGAAUUUGACUGGGACAAUGUUGAGAUUUUGCACAGAGAACUCCAUGACAGAAAGCGGGCCGUUACGGAGAUGUUCUUUAUCAAACGAGAGAGCAAUAAUAUUAACUUACAGGCCGACACGGAUAAUUGGCCGUGUAUAUAUGACAUGUUUUUGAAGAAUGCUUGAUGUUUUGUUUUCGCUUCACUUGCUCAGUGGCUUUCGUAGUGUACUGACGUGGUAUCGUGGAGAGAUCUGUGAGUCUUUAUGCGUUGUUCCAAGUCUUUUUCUAACAGUGAGUUGACUUUGGUUUACGGUUUUUGGUUUUGCGCAUUCCUAUAAUUAUUUGAUUUGUUUAUUUGUAGAAAUCGACUUGUUUGUAUUACACUUGAAGAGGGCUGGAAACCCGGCCGAAACGUUGUGUGCUUCACAUUAAAAUUUGCCAGUUUGGUCGAACAACUAAUAUUUUUUAUUCAUUUACUUUCCUGGCGGCUUAAACUAUUUUGAAAUUAACCAUACGAUUUCUUUCAGAAAAAAAGUUGUAUAUAAAACAACGUUGAAUGCAAGAAAACUUCUUAAAAAACUUCUUAACUUACGCUGCAGAAGGUAGUCAUUGUUAAUGGCACCACUUUCCCUGCAGUGAUGCGAAAGGGUUCGCU